AUUGGAGCCAAUUUAUUGAGUUCUGUCGCAGAUUUGGUUGGAGAUUUACUCCUAAUCUAUCGAUGCUGGCUUGUCUGGGGGAGGAAUUCUUAUGUGAUUGUUCUCCCUCUGCUCACUGCUCUUGGGGGCUUCGGUAAAUCAUCGUCAAUCUUCUCUUCAGACGGAAACGUUCACCUUCACCCCUUAUGUGCCAGGGUGUAUCUUACCCAUACCAUCCCUUUUAUUGUCAAUCGACCCGACAUCACCAGUUCCUCCAACUCAGACCGUGCCCUUGACUACUGCCGGAUAUGCUUUGCCUCUUUGCACGAAUAUCAUGGUCACUGUGCUCAUCACCGGUCGCCUCUGGUAUACAUCUCGGAUUCCCGUCGUCGAUGAGCAUGGAACGCCAGUGAUUUUGAAAAUCGCAGCCGGCGGUCGUCCGAUGACGCUAAUCAUCGAAAGCGGUGCUCUGUACAUGGUCACGCAAUUCAUCCUUGUCGUUCUCGUAGCCAUUGGAAAUCCUGCCGAGGCGAUAUUAAGUUACGCUGGGACACAGAUAUAUGGUAUCGCGUCCACACUAAUUAUCAUUCGUGUUGGACUGGGCAUUUCGUCUGAACAGACUAUGUCAGCGAUGAUGACUCAAGUGGAGUUUCGUUCCCAGCAACAAGAUAGGGACGCGCUUAGUUGGCACAUGGAGGAAUGAUCGCUCCUUCAAUUCUCCAUUAACUGCCCAAUCGGAUGUGGAACAGUGGUGAUCGGAUCAACCUUUGAAUCUUUGAUCAUUUGAACAGAUAUAUAUGUACUAGAAUUUGAACACAUCAAGGGCUCAGACUUGUAAAGAUCCGGUGCCUAAAUCCACGUCCGUUUAGAUUUGUAUGGAUCAUGUUGUAGUGAGGAUGUAUCUAAGGAUGUCGUUGGAGGAGGAUUGGGGGGGAGGAAUGGCUGAUGUCCUGCUCACGGGGGUGGUAAAGAACUUGUAUCAUAGGUGGCUUAGUAGGACAGUGAUAGCCUUUCUCUGAGUCUCAAUAACUUGGGCGAUCGCCCGUGGGAAACUCAGUAUUCGCAGAUGAGUCACGGCCUUCCGGGUGUGAAUCUCUUCCUGACUUUUC